CAAAAUGCCUCCUCCAAGGAAACGGGCUAGGUCAUCGGAAUCGUCGAAUAAAGCCGUACCAUCCGUAGAUAAUUUCCGUAAUUGGACUGUCAAUGAAGUCCAUACUUUCUUGUCUUCCAAAGGGCUGUGUGACGAAGCAAACUGUUUAAAACGUGAAGAAAUUUCUGGCCAAAAUUUAUUAGACUUGAGUAAAAAUGAUCUCAAAGAAAUUGGCAUUACGACUUUAGGAAAAAGACUUAACUUGCAAAAAAUCCUACAAGAGAUGCAAGCAAAAAUUAAAUCAAGAGGCGCUGAUUACAAGGUUUUCAAUGACUCAAUACAUGGACACAUACAGGUGCAUCCACUGUGUAUUAAAAUCAUGGACACGCUUCAGUUCCAGCGGCUACGGCAAAUCAAACAGCUCGGAUGUUGCUACUACGUUUUUCCAGGAGCUUCCCACAACCGCUUUGAACAUUCUAUAGGAGUUUCACAUCUUGCUGGCAUGUUAGCAAGAACCUUGAAAGAGAGGCAACCAGAACUGAACAUCACUCCACAAGAUGUGCUGUGUGUUGAGAUAGCUGGACUCUGCCAUGACCUAGGUCACGGGCCGUUUUCUCAUGUGUUUGAUGGAGUAUUUAUACCUUCGAUUGAUCCAAAGAGUAAAUGGAAACAUGAAGAAGCUUCUGUAAAAAUGUUUGAUUAUCUGAUCAAAGAAAAUAAUUUAAAGGAGCAGUUUUAUGCUCAUGGCUUGAAUGACGCAGACAUGACGUUCAUCAAGGAGCAGAUUUAUGGUCCUCUAGACAAAGAGGAUAAGAACAAGAAAUACAAAGGUAGACCUGAAAACAAGCAUUUUCUGUAUGAGAUCGUUGCCAACAAACGCAAUGGUAUCGACGUAGACAAGUGGGACUACUUUGCACGUGAUUGUCACAUGCUUGGAAUUUCCAACAGCUUUGAUUACAGUCGCUUCAUGAAGUUUGCUAAAGUAAUGAAGGUUGACGGAGAGUUUCAGAUAUGUACGCGCGAUAAGGAGGUAGGAAAUUUGUAUGACAUGUUUCAUACAAGGAAUUGUCUUCAUCGAAGAGCGUACCAACACAAGGUUAACAAGAUAAUCGAAACAAUGAUUGUAGAAGCAUUAGUUCUUGCCAAUGAUCAUCUAUUGAUAACAGGCACAAAUGGGAAAGAGUUAAAAAUGUCUGAAGCUAUCCACGACAUGGUAGCAUAUACCAAGAUGACGGAUAACAUUCUGUACGAGCUUCUGAAUACAAAGGACCCUAAACUGCAGCAGUCACGUGAUAUCAUCACCAAUGUGCUGUCAAGAAAGUUGUAUAAGUGCAUCGGGCAGACCAGUCCCAAGGAUGAUAAUCCACGUGCACUUAUUCCUGAGAUGAAAGAAGAGCUUGUAGGAUUCCAGCAGGAAGAACUUGCCAAACUUAAUUCUUCUGAUUUGGUUAUUCUUGUUGUAGAUUUAAAUUAUGGCAUGGGGAGUGCCAAUCCUAUAGACUUUGUGCGGUUUUACUCAAAGUAUGAUCCUGAGCAGGCAACUAUGGUUCGCAAAAGUGAGGUGUCUAAUAUGUUACCAGAGAAAUUUUCAGAGCAGCAGAUUCGUGUUUACUGCAAGUUGCGGGAUAAGGAGAGCAUUGACCAGGCAACGCAUUGUUUCGUCCAAUGGUGUGAAAGCAAGAAAUAUAAACCUAAGUUUGGAAAUGUAGAACCGGAGAUGACACCUUUUAAGCCAGAGCCAAGACCGCAAGCAAAGCAGAAUGGAAGAAGCCGGACAAGGCUAUCGCUAUAAGCCCAAUACUCGUGUGAAAUAGUAGGGUUUAUAGAAUAGAAGGAGCAGUACAAGACCUUUUCUUUAAGGCGCAAUGCUGGCUUAUAUAAUGUUAGUUCAGACCAAAGCCAGGCAUUCACCCCGCUUAACGAUCGGUACAGUCACCACCGGAGAUGACACCUUUUAAGCCAUAGCCAAGACUGCAAGCAAUGCAGAAUGGAAGAAGCCGGACAAGGCUAUCGCUAUAAGGCCAAUACUCAUGUGAAAUAGUAGGGUCUAUAGAAGGAGCCAUACAAGACCUUUUUUUUAAGGCGCAAUGCUGGCUAGUUCAGACUAAAUCCAGGCAUUCACCCCACCUAACGAUCGGUGCAGUCACCACCGACAAUCAGCAGACAGCGUUGCGCCGUCCAGCGCUCCAGGCAGUCGGCCGACAGUCGUACGACGGAGUUAGUUCCCGGCUUUAUACAAUAUUUGUCAAUGAACAACAUAAUAAAUAUUGACCGAGUUCACUACUACCCUGGUUAUAAAUAUAAACAUUUUUGUAUUUUAUCUAUUUAUUCUAACAAAGAAUAAUCAUGGCAUAACAAUAGUAGGAUCCUUUGCAGUUUAAGCAUUUUGUGAUAUUAUAAUCAAUCUUAAUUUAGAUAUUGGCUACUAUUUGUUUUAAAACCUAGAAAAAAAAGUAAAAAUUGGGCAAUUAUUUUGAGGUUUUUAAUUUUCUGGAAUUAUAAUUCUGAUUAUAAAUACUUUAAGAAUUGCAAUUUUGAGGAUUUUAAUUUUAAUUAUUUUUAUGUUGAAGUUAGUAAUUUUGAAUUGUAAGGGUUUGGUUUUAGAUAAAUUAAUUGUUUGUCCAUUGUUUACAAGCAGAUUUUUCCAGGGAAUACCUCUGCAUGAUUAUACAAGGCGUAGAAUUGUAUUCUCACAUAAAAAAAACUUAAAAUUUAUCGUUCGUACACUUGUCAAAAUAGUGUUGGUAGCGUUUUUCACUUACCUUUCAACAGCUUUUUUUAAUAGGUUCUGGGGAAUAUCUCUGCAUGUUAUACUAGAACUAGAAUUGAAUUCUCACAUUGAAAAAACUAACAAAAAAAAAAUAAAUUUAUUGUUUGUACACUUGCAAAAAUAAAUGUCAAAUGCAAUACCAUAUCUAGAAUUACAUUUGAAUUCUUUGGUCAAAUAGUUAUGCAUUUUUUUGAUUUAUUAAAAAACCCAAAUGUGUAUAGACACACAAAUUCAGGUUCGCAAUAAUAUAUUUAAAAAAAAUAUUAUAUGAGUAAUAUUUUAGACCUGCGACAAACAUAGAUAUUUUACUGUAUCUUAUUUUAAUUCAUUUUAGCUGAGUUUAUUACCCUUAAAAUGACUCAGAAAGCUCAGCUGGAAAACAGAGAAGGCUUACCCACAAGGAAUUUUAAUGAAAGGGUUUGUUGGGAAUAAUAAGGGAUGAGUUGUACUGAUACAUUCUAGAAUGGAAGAAGCCGGACAAGGUUAUGCUAUAAGGCCAAUACUCAUGUGAAAUAAUAUAGAAGGAGCUGUACAAGGCAUUUCCUUUAAGGUGCAUUGCAGGCUUAUAUAAUGCAAAAAUGAACAGUAUAGAAGAAGCUAUACUUGGCUAUCAUUAUAAGGCUAAUGCAGGCUUAUACAACACUUGUCAAUGAACAACGAAGUGAAAAUGGAUCAAGUUUCCUAUUAUCCUGGUUGUUUAUCUGAAAAUUUUUCUAUUUUAUCUUAUUUAUUUUAACAAUGAAUAAUCAUGGCGUAACAGUAGUCAGUGCUUUGCAGUUUAAGCAUUUGUGAUGUUAUAAUCAAAACGUGAUGAUGGUUUGUGGAUUUGAGAAAUAAUUAUUUAUUAUUAAUAAUUAAUCCAUUUGAAUAGAUUAUGCUAAUCUAGUAUGAUUACAGUAUAACGAAUCAUUUAACUUAAUUAUAUUUGAUGAUUUGUAUAAAUAUUUUCUUGCUCAAGUUCAUUUUUUUUAAUUGAAUCAAAAUUAUGAGUCCUAAUCAUGAGGUUAGUGAGUGUAUAUGCAGUAAUUAUAUCUAGACUUUUGAUAACAAAAUUGGUUUUAAAAAAAAGUAAUUUGAGUAAUGAUUAAUGUAGGGCUAAAGCAUUCUUAAUUUAAUUCUUAAUUUAAGAUAUUGACUAGUUUGUGGUGGUAAAACCUAGAAAAAAAAAAACUCAAAAUUUUGGCAUUUAUUUUGAGGCUUUUAAUUUCUUAUUUGAUUUGAUUAUAAUAAUUUUAAGAAUUGCAAUUUUAAGGAUUGUAAUUUUAAUUUAUUUUUGUUGAAGUUAGUAUUUUUGAAUGUUAGGGUUUGGUCUUUAAAUAUGUGAAAUUUGUAAAUAAUACUUUUCACUAUUUCUCUCUUUCUGUUACUGUUCCAUUAGACGUGUUUAUUACUAAAAGGCCUACUUGCCAGUCAUAAUAUCAUGAUACUUUUGGAAAAUAUUUCUAAAUUUUAAUGAAAAAGUGUUUUUAAAUGUUAUUCUUCUAUCUGAUCAGAGGUAAUAAUCCAGAAUGGUUAUGCAUAGAAUGGAUGCGUCGUCAGGGUGAUGUAUAUACAAAGCAUCAUUAUCAUAAAUUGAUUGAUUACAUACAAUGGAUCUUUUAAUAAUGUGUAAGAGGUCCAUGGUAAUGUUAUUUUUUUGUUAGCUCAUAGCCCAGCUGGCCGACCCUCUCUAAAAUUUUAAAAUUUAAAAGUGAAGACAAAAAGAAAGAUUUUUUAAAAUUCUGUGAGUAAUUUUGAAGGCUGAACUAUUGUAAGGGUUUUGUUUUUAUCUUUUGAUAACAAAAUUGGUUAAAAAAAAUAAGUAAUUUGAGUAAUGAUUAAUGUAGGGCUAAAGCAUUCUUAAUUUAAUUCUUAAUUUGAGAUAUUGACUAGUUUGUGGUGGUAAAACCUAGAAAAAAAAAAACUCAAAAUUUUGGCAUUUAUUUUGAGGCUUUUAAUUUCGUAUUUGAUUUGAUUAUAAUAAUUUUAAGAAUUGCAAUUUUAAGGAUUGUAAUUUUAAUUAUUUUUGUUGAAGUUAGUAUUUUUGAAUGUUAGGGUUUGGUCUUUAAAUAUGUAAACUUUGUAAAUAAUACUUUUCACUAUUUCUCUCUUUCUGUUACUGUUCCAUUAGAUGUGUUUAUUACUAAAUAGGCCUACUUGCCAGUCAUAAUAGGCCUAUCAGGAUACUUUUGGAAAAUAUUUCUAAAUUUUAAUGAAAAAGUGUUUUUCAAUGUUAUUCUUCUGUCUGAUCAGAGGUAAUAAUCCAGAAUGGUUAUGCUUAGAAUGGAUGCGUCAUCAGGGUGAUGUAUAUACAAAGCAUCAUUAUCAUAAAUUGAUAGACUAC